AUGAUUCACAAUCAACUUCCUCCUACUUCUAACGCAAUCAUCCCUAUCUUCCCUAACCCAAAUCUCCAACUUGCUUUAUCUCCAAGUUACCAUCAAAGCCCUAGAAAGAAACGCACCAGAACCGUUGCGUUUCCUUCUACUUCUUCACCAAAACGAAAAUACACUAAAAAGCCAGACCCAAAUGCUCCCAAAAUCACACGUCCAUGUACCGAAUGUGGCAAAAAGUUUUGGUCAUGGAAAGCUCUCUUUGGUCACAUGAGAUGUCACCCUGAGCGUCAAUGGCGUGGCAUCAACCCUCCUCCUAACCACCCUGCAACCCCCACCCGGACUCUAUCAUCAAAACAUCUAAACCAGAGAUCACCAAAUCUUGUCUCACUUAUGUCCGAGGAAGACUAUGAAGUUGCUUCUUAUCUCCUAAUGCUCUCUGAAGCCACGCCUUUAUCAUCAUCAAGUAGUGGUGAGCGGUUCGAGUGUGGAGGAUGCAAGAAAGUGUUUGGAUCGCAUCAGGCUUUAGGAGGACACAGAGCGAGUCACAAGAACGUUAAAGGAUGUUUCGCAAUCACAAACGUAACCAAUGAUCCAUUAACCGUGACUACUACUUGUAGUAACCAAGGUCAGCAGCAUCAUAAGUGUAAUAUAUGUUAUCGAGUCUACUCCAGUGGUCAGGCUUUAAGAGGUCACAUGAGAUGCCACUGUUGGGAGAGGGAAAGGGAGACGAUGCUCGUUGGUGCGUUCGAUCUGAAUGUUCCUGUAACAACAACACAUGAUCUUUCUACUUUGGACACAUCAGCGUGUUCAUUAGAUCUUAGGUUAGGACUUUAA